UGUGCAAAACAAGUGAGAGAAAGAUCCCAACAUCAAUGCAAACAAAAUAUCCUCAUCCUAACGUUUGGCUAAAACCCUAAAAUCAAAAUCAAAAUCAAAAUCACACCAUUUCGAUCACCAAAUACCCUUAAAAUUCCACACAAAAACCUUACAAAAUCAACAAUGGCAGAUAUUUCAUUAGAUAAUCGAAUCCAAUCUCCUCACCGGAAGCGACUGCUGAUAUCCACAAACCCUAGCAAAACCGUAGUCUCUUCAUCGCCGGUAUCAACCGUAGAGUCGCCGAACUUAUCCGAUUGCCAUUGCUGCAGUGUCCGGAUUAACUGUGCAAACCCUAGGGAGAGACUUCAACCGAUGGACAGUAUGUGGCGUAUAGUUUUGUUGUGUAAGAAAUGUUUUAAACUAGUUAACUCAUCGGAACUUUGUUCGUACUGUUUUAAUUCUGUGGAUGAUGUAGAAGACUGUUUUAAGUGUAGUGAUUGUGAGCGUAGUAUUCAUAACGAGCGUGUUACGCGGUGCGGUUCGGUGUUAGGGCUUUCGGUUUGUGUUGAUUGUUGGAUUCCUGAUGCUUUUGUUAGUUCGGUUAGGGCGAGGAAGCGGAAGGUUAGAAAAAAGAGCAACGAGUGUUGUGAACAGGCGGAUACAUUGUGUGAAGUUAGUGUUUCGGUUGGCGAAUAUAACGAGCGUGGUUCGGUUGAAAAAGAAGUGGAAAGAAAGGUUGCUGUUGCAGCGAAAGCUACGGAGAAUGCUGUUAGGAAAGCUGUCAUUGCGAAAAACGCGGUUGAGUUAGCUAAAGGUGUUUUGAGUGUUGUUGCAGGGGGUGGUGCUGAGUUGGCGGUUUUGUUAUGUAGAGCGAUUAAUAGCUCUCCUAGAAUAUCUAGGUAUGCUUGCUUGGGGAGUUCGUUUAGAAGGGAUGAUGCGGUAAUGGUGUGCUAUUCAAGAAGGCGUGCGGGUAAGAAGAUUGUGGUAAUGGAUUCUGGUACUUUGGAUGGUUCGUUACUCUGCUAUUCUAGACGUGGAAAGAGCUGCUUUAGGAAUUCUGUAUCUUUGAAUGCACCGUUAUUGUGCUAUUCGAGAGGGCGUUGGCGCAGUAAAGCGUGCUAUUAUGAUAGAGAGUGUGAAUGUUUUAGCUGUAAGACAAGUGAAAAAACUGAUGAACAUGUUUCUAUACCGUCUGCUUACUUGAAGGCUUGUAAUCGUGAUUCCGAUUUACAGAACCAUUAUAAUGGAAACAAUGGCCAAGGAAAUGAUGUGAGAAGGAUCGCUAUGAAGCCCCAUAGAUCUCUUUUAAAAUACUACAGAAUCGGAAAAGGCACCAAAAGGCCUUUGUUUUUUGUUAAGGAUUCUGAUUGUUCUUAUAUUAAUUCGGCUGAUUUGCUUACUGAUGGCAUGACUGGUACUAGGAAUUUUGGAAAUGGCUAUGAAUGCCAUGAAAUUUGUGAAAAGUUUGACGAUAAUGCUAACCGUUUCUUGUUGAAAUACCGGAGAAAUUUAAGAUCUAAGCGAGAGUCUAGUAGUAAAAUUAACAAGUUUUCUCCAAUGUUGCCUUCAAAUCAUCUCAUGGAAUCCACAACUUUAUCUGAUGCGAGGCCAUGCUCUUCUUCACAAGCAGAACUGUGAAUUGCAGUUCUUUGAUGGUUAAAGAUGGAUAUGCUCUUGGUCUUUGCCUUGUUGUCCUUGAUUUGAGGUGCUUAAGUUGCUGGAGAUGGUGUUCAAAUAUGAUCUUUUUCAUUUACUAUGCUA